AUGGCGCCCCUGUUCCCCGCGCCCGUGGCCCUCGACGCUCGCCGGCGCUGCAGCUCCUUCUCCACUUCGUCGUCGUCCUCGCCUCGCCUCUGCCCUGACCCUGCCGCGGCCACCUCUGCUCGCCCUUCCAUCUUCGCCGCUGCUCCAGCUCGCCUCUGCUCCGCGCCGCUCCUCCUCUACCAUGGCCUUCCUCCUUCAGCGUCGCGCCUGCACCCAUCAUCGCCGCCCCAAGCCGCUCCCUCACCACCCCUCGCCGUCCCGACCAGCAGCAGGAAACCAGGAGCUCAAGCCCUGCCAUGGUCGCCCCCGUUCGUCGCCUCCGCCGCCAGAUCCGCGCCGCCAGCCCCUCGUCGGAGUCGCGCCAAGCUCCCCUGCAUCGCGCGAGUCGCCGAGCCCCUACCUCCUCGUCCGCUCCGUGUUGACCAGCUCGCCAGGUCCCUUGCACCAGCGCCGCGACUUCCUCCUCUGCUCGCGAGCCCUGCUUCGCUGUUGCGCCUCCCUGGCCUCGCUGCCUCCGCCACAUGCCAGCAGCACAUCCACCUCGCCGUCGACCUCCUGUUGUCGUGGAUCCAAGGUCACCGCACUGUACAACUACGUUGA